AUGUCGGAAGUGUUUUACAGGGCCACAAAGUAUAUGAAUGCCGAAGACGCGCUGUUAGCCCGAGAAGAGAGGCCUAAGAAAAGAGAAAGGCAGGAAGACACCCGGCAAGACCAAGGCCGAAAGAAAGCAAGGACGGGAGACCGAAGGGAUGAGAGGUGCCCUAAGCCCCUGGGGGGAAGAUUCACAAGCUUCACUCCAUUGACCGCCCCGAUAGAUCAAGUCCUAAUACAAAUCAAGGACGAGGAGGCUCUGACGUUCCCUGGAAAGCUGAAGAGUGAUCCCAACAAACGUUCUAGGGAUAAGUAUUGCCGCUUCCACCAUGACCAUGGUCACGAUACGGCCGAUUGCUAUGACCUAAAGCAGCAGAUCGAGGCCCUUAUCAGACAAGGAAAACUGCAGAAGUUCGUUUGUAAGGAGAAAACAGAUCCACCCCCACAAGACCAACACCCCCAACGGGAUAAUGAGCGGCUGAGACCUCCGAUAGGGGACAUAAGGAUGAUUGUAGGAGGAACGGCUGCCGCCGGGUCAUCCAAAAAGGCCUGCAAAACCUACCUUCGGAUGGUACAAAAUGUUCAGCUGACGGGAGCCGUGCCAAAGAUAGCGCGAAGAAAAGGCCCCAUUAUUGGGUUUUCAUAA